AUGAGGUUCUCGUCCGUAGUGAGCACAGUUGUCGGACUGUGCACGGCAUAUACAUACGCGGUUUCGAACUCUACUGUAUCACAAUCCACUCAGAAGUUGUUAAAGGAAGACUUCAAGCCGUCCCAAGUAUUCGAGAACACGAACCUCGUCCGGACCAUCAACCUCGAGAAAGGCUACGUCAGAGAGACAACAAACGUCCUGAUCACGAAUACGGAUAAGAAGCCGCAAUCGGAAUACUAUAUUCCAUUCGACUAUGAUGUGAUCGGGAGGAUCGGAGGGUUCGAUGUCAGAGACAAAAAGAAUGCCGAGAAGGGCACACUCGAAGUGACCGUUGCUGCAGUGGCAGAAGUGCUGGAUGCAUCGGGCAAUUCCCCCAAAUCAACUCAAUACUAUGUUGUCCACCUUGACGAACCCGUUCCUCCCAAGGGGACCGUCACCCUCUCCAUAUCCUACCACAUCCUCGGGGCUCUGAGACCUCUCCCUGCAUCUAUCCGCCAAGACGAAAAGCAAUACCUCACCUACGAUUUCUCCGCAUAUGCCCCGUCGGCGUACAAGACCGUCAAGCAAAAGACAAAAGUUAAAUUCCCUUCAACCGACGUACCGGAGUACACGACGACGGAGGGGCUGACAUCAAACGCCGACCCGGAGAGGCAGGGCACACAAUACUCGUACGGGCCCUACGACACGUCCAAGGUCUCACCAGGCACGACGUACCCGGUUUCUGUGCGCUACGAGUUCAACAAACCCCUUUUGGUAUGCAGCGUCCUCGAACGCGACAUUGAAGUGUCACACUGGGGCGGCAACCUUGCAACCGAAGAGCGGUACUGGCUCCGACAUGACGGUGCGUCCUUGUCCAACCACUUCUCACGUGUCGCCUGGAGCACGCAAAGCUUUUACAUCAGCUCGGGCCAAAUGAGCACAUCUGCUCUACGAGAACUCAAGGUGCCCCUGAGGCCCGGCAGCGUUGACCCGUACUUCACCGACGACAUCGGCAACGUCUCGACGUCUCGGUUCCGACCCAACGCGGUCCGCGACGCAAGCCUCGAGCUCAAGCCCCGAUACCCAUUGUUUGGAGGGUGGAAGUACAGUUUCCGAAUCGGAUGGAACAACGCCCUGUCGUCGUUCUUGCGCAAGCUCAAGACUCCGUCGGAUGCGUAUAUCUUGUCCGUUCCGCUCGUCCAGGGUCCCAAGAUGGCUGAGGGUAUCCAGUACGAGCAGUUUGUUCUCCGUGUGAUUCUGCCAGAGGGCGCGACCAACGUGAACUACCAGACCCACGGCGGCACCGGCGUCCCCAGUCUCCACGCUGAGCACGGCGUGCACAAGACUUUCAUGGACACGCUAGGCAGGACGGUGUUGAAGCUCUCUGGGACCAAUGUUGUGGACGAGGCGAGGGACAUUACGCUCCUGGUGACGUACGAGUAUACUCUCUUGUCGGCGCUGAGGAAACCAUUGACCAUCUUUGGUGGAUUCGUGGUGGUCUUUGUGGUUGCGUACCUGAUUGGAAGCAUUGAUACGAGUAUUGGAAAGAAGAAGAGGUGA